AUGGGCAAGAACAAAGCAUCGAAUGAGUCCAUGGGUGCUCGAUUGAAUGGAGCGCCGUACAACAAGCUAAAGAAAGACCCUGGGGUGCCUAGGCUUCCUGCCAUAAAGGAUAAGAAGCACAGCCGUCUUGCUCACUUGUCAUCCCCGACCAGAGUCACUCCAUUAGCUGGGGCGACUAUACAGUCGCUGGCACAAACUACGGUUGCAGUUGACGAAGUUGACGAUACACAUGAGGCCGCUCAAUCACAGAUAGCGCGUGAUGCUACUGUGGCUGCGCAUGCUCAUCAAUUCAGGAAAGUCCUGGAGUUAUCAGAUGUCAUCAUACAGGGAUCCGAUGGGAUGCCGGAGUCGGAUAGUGGAGGACGAGAUCUUGUGCCUAAAGAAAAUGUUCUUGCCUGGCUGCGCUACCUUCGUCAUGACUACCCCACCGUCCCACUCAAAUCCACCCCUUCUGCAACCCGCCAGUCUCGUGCUCUCUCGGCUGCGAAAGGUCAGAACAAAGGCGGUGCCCCUCAUCUUCUCACUCUUCUCAAGUCUUACCGCCGAGCACACACAUCCUUAACCGUUGGUGUUGUUGGCGCCCCGAAUGUGGGCAAAUCUUCGUUAAUCAACAUGCUCUCCAGAUUGAGAGCAGGGAGCAAGUCAGGGGAUGUAGUCACAGUGGGUGCAAAGCCUGGCCAGACUAAAGACAUCAAGGCAGUUGGGCUAGAGAAAGGUCUGAAAGUGCUCGAUAUGCCUGGGAUUGUAUGGGGGGACUUCCUUGGGGACGUGGAUGAGAAUGGACAACGAGCCGGCAGCCUGAAUAUGCUCGGUGUGGAGUUUCUGGAGGAUCCCAUCAUGGCGGUCGAGUCGAUAGUCCAAAGAGUGCCAGGCGAGACCCUUCAGCAGAUCUAUGACGUGCCUCAAUUCUCCGAUGCAACCCAGUUUCUAACGAUGAUUGCCCUUUUGCGUGGCAGGCUCGGAAAGGGUGGUGUACCCGAUCAAGAAACUGCUGCCCGUUCAGUCCUCAACGAUUGGAACUCGGGCGCCAUUCCGUAUCACACCGAACCACCCAAAUUCCAUCCAUCCUCCGUACCUUCCAUUCCAAGCGGUGAGGGGUCGUUGCCCCUUGCUCCAUCGUCUACCAAUGAAGACACCGCAAUGAUCGAUCAGGGUGCCAAGGAGCCCGAGGAAGCUUCCGAUAGUGUGAUGACCACUGCUGCGGACAUUGGCUCCGCUCAAUUUGUAUCCAAAUUCAGUAAACCUUUCGAUCUGGAGGGACUAUUCUCCCUCACGGAUAAAGCAGUACUGGAUGACCAGGAUGGAGAUGAGGAUGAGGGAAUGAAAAUAGACGACGCCACUGGGUUCAUCCCUGAUGAAGAGGCGACAGACAUCGCCACCACGACACAUGUCGAACCCGCACCAUUACGGGCAAAGAACUUGCUAAAAAGAGCGCACUCACCCACUCCUUCCGUGGCCUCGCUUAGUACGAUUCCUAUCUCGAAUGCUGGAUCCAUAUCGUCAAAGGAUACUCGGGGCGUUAAACAGCCAAAGCCAAAACGAGCCCGCUACAAUCCAAAUGCUCCCAUUGUAUUUGAUCUAGUGGGAACGGCAGCCAUGGUUUCAUCGACGAAGAAACGUCGUGUGGAAUUGAAAAUGCGACAGAAGGAGGCAUUGGAAAAAAAUAGCGCUGCUUUACCAUCUCUCGACAAUACCUUCGUUCUCAAAACUGGAACAUUUUUUGAUCCUUUAUCUAUACCACUUCCUGGUGAAGAUGAAGAUGAAGAUCUGUAA